UUCUCAAAGUACUAAGCAAAUAGCAUUCAAUAAUUCCGAGAACUGUGAGUCAAAGAAACACCGAUUAUGGCUUGGGUCCCCAAUUCGCGUUUCGAGCACGACCUAGUGCAUAUGGAGCCGGGCUUUAACCUCAUCCAGGGUCAGUUGGCCUACGAGGAGAAGAGAAAAUUGGAGUUCAGGACAUCCCCAAAAAAUCCCUACGAACAUCUGACUGUUCGGGAACAACUGCAUGAAUCAGCUGGUGGAAAGGGCCGGGAAAUCCGGCACAGUCUCCAAAUGAUGGAGAAGAUCCAAAAAAUAGCGGGAACGAAACCGCUGGGCGAGCACGCCACCAUGGAGGACUGGGAUGACACUGGAACGGCGGAGCAGGAGGCGGUGGCCAUGAUGCGGCACUUCGGCAUGCAGUCCCUGGGGCAGGACUCACUCCCCGCCACGUCGAAGAUUACUUUUCCACAAAUCAAGGAACACGGGAGCGAACGAUUUCCCCUCAUAACAAAUCCCGAAAUCUUCACUCCGCGUGGGUUGCGGAGACCAAAGAAUCCUCCAUCAUCGGACUGCAGUCUCAAUGAUUCAGCGGAUAAUUCCUUUCACACAGCCGAAAGUAUGACCAGCUGCAUUUGGCUCUAUGGAACGGGAAUGCCCCAAGUGUGGAGUAGCCCAGAAAAGAAGAGCGAAGAAAGGAAGCGGGAGACCUUCGUCAAUAAACCCAGGGUGAUCCCAUUUAACACGGAAAAAUCCAAGGGAAAAAGGAAGAACCAGCGGCCAAGCCAAAAGGAAAGACUUCGCCAGCAAAAGGAAGAUCAACUUUUAAAGCCCAUCGGUCUGCACUACAUUGAUUGAAUUCCAGUAAAGUUGGUUUAAAAAGUAAAGAAACUUUUUAACGGCUAUAUAAAGUUAAACACAUUUAAUAUUUGUUCACUCUUUCGUCAGUUAGCAACGGAGUUUUCUUUUUUUGAGCACGCAAUUAACUUUUUAAAAUCAAAAUAUGUUUAAAGUCACUUAAAAUACUAUUACACUUUUUUAGGUAGAAAAUAUUGAAAAAUGUAUUGAAACUGAAUUGAGCAUUCGCAUAUAUAUGUAUAUAUACAAAAACAAUGUAUUUACCUGAACAUUUCUUGUAUAAGUUUCAAUUAAUUUUUUGCUUAUACUUUAAUAAUAGUGAUAAACAAAGAAUUUAAAUUCUUAUAGUCAUUAAUAUGUUGAAUAUCGCUAAUCCCGCUAUUAAGAGUCGUAAGCUGUUUUGAAUAUAUGGUAAUUGACCGAAAUGAAUCUAAUUUUGAGAAUCAUUUUAUAAGCAAAAUAUAAGUUUUGAAAUUUAAUUUUAAAAAACGGCAUUUCAAAGCCAAAUACAAA